AUGAGUGAAGGUAACCAGACAUCAGUAACCGGAUUCUUACUCUUGGGAUUCCCGAGGCUCAAUGGUUUCAAGGCUGCCUUCUUUCUCCUCAUCCUGGUUAUUUACACAAUCACAAUCACAAUUAACAUAAUGAUUAUCACCUUGGUUUCUACAAGUCUGAAGCUUCAUACUCCAAUGUACUUCUUUCUCAAGCACUUGUCAUUGACAGAAAUUGCGUUCCUGACCAUCAUUGUUCCCAACAUGUUGCGCGUCAUAUGGCUGGAAGGAGCCACCAUCUCUAUAAUGUGCUGCAUUGCUCAGACGUAUCUUUACUUAGCUUUAGGAAGCACAGAGUGCUACCUCCUCACAGUGAUGUCUUAUGACCGAUAUUUGGCCAUAUGUAACCCUCUACGUUACACCACAAUCAUGGACGACAAAUGUCAACAUUGUAUGGCUACCCUUUCCUGGGUGUUUGGCUUUUUAAUCACAUUAAUUACACUUAUUUUUCUGUGUCAACUCCAAUUUUGUGGACCAAAAGUCAUAGAUCAUUUCUUCUGUGACCUUGUUCCUUUUGUAGAACUUUCCCGUUCUCUCAAAGACAGCUUACAGAUUGAUAUACUGGUGCUCUCAUUUCCCAUAGCAGUAAUACCCUUUAUAUUAAUCCUCAGCAGCUACAUUUGUGUGUCCAUGACCAUCCUUGGAAUCUCUACCACCACGGGAAGGAACAAAGCAUUUUCCACCUGCAGUUCCCACCUAUCUGUUGUAUCUUUGUACUAUGGCACCAUGCUUGCUAUCUACCUGGUCCCAGCUAAAGGACGCUCGUUGUCUAAAAACAAAGUGAUGGUGUUGAUGUACAUUGUAGUGACCCCAUUGUUUAAUCCUAUCAUAUACUACCUGAGAAACCAGGAGAUGCGUUCUACCAUAGGGAAUUUAAUGAGAAUGUAG